AUGGCAGACUCGAGCUGGCAGGAGGCGCUGGCGAGCGAGACGGACGCCGCCAAGAAGGAGUGGAUGGCGCUGGAGCGCCGCUACCACCUGCAGCUGGCGAGUGAGGACGCUGCUACGCAAGACAAGCUCGUGCGGCUCUUCUUGAGUCUGUCGGAUCCGGAGCUUCCUGCGCGACUGAAAGGCCAAGUGGAGCUGGUGAUGACCCUGCCUGGAAAGUACCCGGCGGAGGUUGCUCGGGUGGAUUUUGCUCAGUGGAGCAGCCGACUGUCGAGCGAGCAGGUGGAAGCGCUGAAUGCUGCAGUGAGCGCUCGCGCGAGACAACUGUGCGGAGGUUUCUCGCUGCGGAAGCUGCUGACGUGGGUGGAUAACAACUUCUGGAGGAUUAUUGAACCAUUCGAGAUCAAAGAGGAAAAGGAGCGAGCAUCUCCAGCAGAUACGAACACUGAUGGCGAUGCACUGGCGACACUUGCCGCUGACGAGGAGACCCCGACCACGGUUGAGAAGAAACCAAAAAGGCGACGCGGCCAACGACCGUGCCGCUUCUUCGCCAGAGGCACCUGCCGAGACGGCGAAAACUGCAAGUUCUCGCACGUGAAGAAGCAAGAAAAGCUGAAGAAAGGGGGUGGUGACGAAGCGUUGGAUGCACCAGAUGCGCAUGACACCUCGGUUGUUAGGGAAGCCGACCCAGCCCAACCGCCUGAAUCGUCGGACACAGCAACACCAGCUGCGGAACGGAAGAAGAAAAUGAAAACCCGUGUCCGAAAAUGCAAGUUUUUCGCACAGCACAAGUGCCGUGAUGGAGACAAAUGCAAGUUCUCACAUGAUGUCAAGGGUGCUAAAAAGGAAUCCGAUCCCCCGCGGCGUGCUGUUGUGGCGCAGUUGGGUGUUCCAACUAAAACUGCGGUAGCAGCAUUGGAGAUUGUAUCGGAUACGACGGCAGAGGUCACCGCAACUGAGGAAUCCAGUGUUGAACAUGUCGUUCCUAAAGGCGACGAUAGCAGCGAGUGGUCCGAAGCACAACAGCGUGCACUUGAUCUGGCCCUGAAGAAAUACCCGGCGUCAAUGGACAAGAAGGAGCGCUGGACGAGUAUAGCCAGCGAAGUGGAAGGCCGCUCUCUGAAUGAGUGUAUUGACCGGUUUAAGAUGCUAUGCGAGCUCGUCAAGCGUGGUGUGGAUCCCACUACUGCUGCCGCAGCAAAGAUUGAACAAAAGCAAGAACAGGUGCAAGAAGAGAAGAACGCAACUGAUGCAGACAAAAACGAAGGGUAUGUCCAAAACUUGAAGAUCACUCCCCCAGAGAAGCGCGUGGCGGUUGAGACUGAACCUGACGUCAAGGGUACUCAAAUUUGCCUCGACGAUCUGUUUCUGCAUGAGGUUGGAACGCUUGUCGCCCAUCGACUUGUUUGCCAGAUUGAGUGCGACAACUGCCCCCUCAAGUUUGACACUACCCUCAGCUUGGACUCCCCAGCGAUCCAGAAGUGGUGCCCUCGAUGCAGCGUGCUCCACCACAUUCUCAUGAGGCCCGUAUUCGCUCACUCGCAGAGCAAUGUGCUUGCCUACGUGGAUACCGAGAACUGCUCCAUUGUUGAUGUGCUCCCAUCCGACAUGCUGGCCACUUGCCUAGAUUGCGGAUGCGAAGCAUUGCUGGAGAGAGUUGCGCCGAGGCAGCGGUCUGAACAAGCCUGCUUUUCUUGCCACAUCAAGCUCGCUGUUAUGGCAAAGCGCUUCGUGGCAGGCCAGCUAGAAGGAUUAAGCAGUAGGCGAAGCAACUCACCCGAUCGUUCCGCAGUCAAGGCGGCGAGGGGCAGCAAGAAAGGAGCCAAGGAACCGACGGAAACGUUCGUGCUGGGCCAGCCGCUUCCGCGUAAUGGAGCGUGCGAUCACUACAAGCAUUCGUUGCGAUGGUUUCGGUUCCAAUGCUGCGGCAAAGCGUUCCCGUGCGACGUAUGCCACGAUUCGAGCGACUGCCCCGAAGCCAACCUGGGGAAGUUUGCAAGCCGGAUGAUAUGCGGGUUAUGCUCGAAAGAACAGUCGAGCUCAGUGAAAGUGUGCUCCUGUGGCAAUGAUGUUGCAGCGAAGAAGACAGCCUCUCGCCAUUGGGAAGGCGGGACUGGUUGCCGUGACUCCUUGCAAAUGUCACGCUGGGAUAAACAUAAGUAUCGUGGCCAAACCAAAACGGAGAGCAAGAAGUUUAAGCGCGUUGGCGCCGAAGCCAAGAAGCGAAGAGAGAACGCCAACGGGAAUGCCAACGCGCAACAGUAG